UCUUCCAACGCGCACACUCAUAUUCUAGGGUCCGCCCCGCGCCAUACACCUGUCCUACCUGCACAAUUAUCUGGAUGAUAAAAUAAUCGUUUCUUUCAGACAGAAAUAGUUUCUCAUCAAGUAAGCAACCAGGUUAAUUCCCAACGUCCACUGUGUGUAUUUGGCUUUUCUUUUAAAAACGUCUACCUGUAUGAUACAUCAUGGAGAAAAGACCAAUCAUAUUUGGGAUUAUUCUUACUUUGGCUGUUUCAGCACUCCUUUUCUUUGCUGAUGUUGUGCCUGUUUCCCGUUUACGGAGGGCAACCCCCAGCAGCAGUGACAAGACCACCCCAGCUACGCUGUCCGCAUACUACUUAUGCGUCAGAAUCACCAACCAGAUUUACACUGAGUCACUCAAUAAUCAAAGCUCUAAGGAGUACAAACAGCUGAGGAAACAGGUGGAGCAGAUGAUGGACGACGUCCACAGCUCUUUGCCAGAGUCUGACAAAUAUAUGGGUGUAUUUGAUAUAAUCUUCAGUAAUGGAUCAGUCAUUGCAAACUCGACAUUAAUGUUUGGGACUACAUUCAUGAUCAUUCCAACUUUAGCUAAAGGUCUACUUUCCAUUCAUAUCCAAUCAAAUAAAUCCAAAACCCUUGACCUGGACCUCGCCUAUACUGAAGGUCAACUUCCAAUAAAAGCCACACUACCUCUUGUAGCACGUACAACAGCAACUGUAACUUCCUCACCACCAUCUACCACAAAUACCCCUGCAGCAACGACUACUACAGUUGCCUUAGUUAGUACGGCUAGCCGUUCAGGAAGGGUCGGGGAUGGAACUGCAUCUACAGCAAUGAUUUCAUCUGGCAACAUCACCAGUCUUGCAACAAUUAAUAUCACAAGUAGUCAUACCCUCACAACCACCACCACUAGUCCUGACCAAAACAGCACAAUUAUCAGCAUUACCACUCAUAUUCCUGAAGACCAUAUCACUAGAAUUAGCAACAUUACCACUCAUAUUCCUGAAGAACAUAACAGUACAAUUAGCAGCAUUACCACUCAUAUUCCUGAAGAACAUAACAGUACAAUUAGCAACAUUACCACUCAUAUUCCUGAAGACCAAAACACUACAAUUAGCAACAUAACCACCCCUAGCCCUGGGGACCCUAACAUAACAAUUAGCAACGUAAGCACCCAUAUUCCUGGAGACCACAACAAUACAAUUAGCAACACAACCACCCCUGCUCCUGAAGACCACAACAUUACAAUUAGCAACAUAACCAUCCCUAGUCCUGGGGACCCUAACAUAACAAUUAGCAACGUAAGCACCCAUAUUCCUGGAGACCACAGCAAUACAAUUAGCAACACAACCACCCCUAUUACCCCUAAAAAUCCUCCCCAGACCAGUAGCACGACAGUCUUCCGUAAAACCUCUCCAUCAACAACUGCCUCAGUCCAAUCUAACCCCCCAGUUGCCCCUACUGAGAGAGCAACAAGCAGGUAUCAGGAUACCACAGGCCAAAUGACCAGUCAUAAGAACCCAGAGAAUACGGAGGCGACCCAUAAGACCACAGAGCAUGCUGCAGCUGUAGUUGCUGGGGGCGGAGAGGGAGUCCCAGGAUGGGGGAUCGCUCUAUUGGUACUGGCUGUCCUGACCUUGUUAAUCCUCCUUAUUCUCCUAAUACUGCUGCUAGUGUGGUUGUGCUGUAGGCAGAGAUAUGGAAGUUUCAGCCCAUAUAACCAGAUCAACCACGGGGCAGACAUCCAAAUGUACUCCACACACAGCCGCUUCGACGUGCCCAACGGCAAGCCUAAUGACGAAAUGCGGGGACCAUCGAAAAACCGAACAGGGAUGCAUGUGGUGAACGAGUACUGACACACAGAAGCUCCAGUCAAUUGGGUAAGAAGACCAUCUGAAAUGGCCUUAUGAAGUAAUAUGCAUGGGAGCAAUGACAAUUCUGUACAAAUGGUCCAAUUAUCUCUGAAGUAUCUGAAUGAAGAUCAUGGCGUUGGCUCACUGAUUGUAAUUUCAACCUGUAUUUAUUCAAAUCAAAUCACAUUUAUUUAUAAAGCCCUUUUUACAUCAGCUGAUGUCACAAAGUGCUAUACAGAAACCCAGCCUAAAACCCCAAGCAGCAAGCAAUGCAGAUGUCCUAAUGUUAUUUUAUUCCUAAUGUUUUUACCAGUGGAGGCUGCUGAGGGGAGGACGGCUCAUAAUAAUAGCCGGAAUGAAGUCAAUGGAAUGGUAUCAAAGACAUCAAACACGUGGUUUCCAUGUGGUUGUUACCAUUCCAUUGACUCCAUUUGUAUUUCGUAUUAUUCUGUACGUAAAUCCGAGACACUCCAUUUAGUAUAUGUUACUCCUCCCCGACCAACCUCCCUACUUUAGUUUCUGUCUAAAGUAACCAGGCCUUUGAAAGGUAUCAUGUGGCUUGAUGUGCUCUCCUUGUGGUAAUGGGUUGAGUUGUAUUUUCAGUCUUUACUGAAGGCAAGCUUAACCUUUGUAAAAAAUAAAUCUGAUCAUAGAUCAGUAAAUGGGGUCAAAAUAUGUAUCCUGCAAUUAACAUUUAAGAAGAAUGAGUAAGGGUGCCCCUAAGAAAAAUAUCCAAUCAGGUACAGUUAACAAGAAGUUCAUUGUUUUCAAAGACUAUAAAUCAAACCUUUUGACUUGGGCUGAGAGAUCCAGAUCUAAUUCCCUACUGCUGGAUAAGACAUGUUUUGAGAUAGGACACUAGCAUGCCAAGAAGUUAAUUAUUCCACAAACCCAACCCAGUGAGGAAAACACCAAUGUUAUGUAUAUUUGACAAUCUGAUUAAAUAAAUCCACCAUUAUUAAUCCAAUCUGUGAGCUGUAACGAUCUGUAAACAUUUGAAGUGACAGUGCAUUGGAGCUUUAAAUUUUGCAUUAAAAAAUCUAAAUCUAAAUCAUUAAAUAUUGUAAAUAAUAAAUAAAGUUUGUUAGAUUUUAUGGGCAGAAGUGGUUUGUAAAAGAGUUGGAUGAUUCUGUUCAUCAGGAGAACUGAAGCUAGGGCAGAACAGACAUGCCUCUGUUUGUAUCUAAGCCUGCCCUCAUCCCCUGGCUUUUCUUUCUUUUAUUCUUUGUGUGAAAGGAACAAGUAAAUAGAUAUCUAGAUAACGUGCUUUAUAGUUAGGCUGGGUGUGGCGGUGUGAUAAAGAAUAAGGUAUUGUAUUAAAUUACGAAAUUAGUCAGACUCCAUAACAUUGAGAAUAACUCAAACCUUGUCCAUUAUAUGCAAGUCAGUGUGUAUUAAAAAGGCAACACCUCUUUCUGCUGUUUUGGCCAAUGGGCUAGGUUUAACAUAAAAAGUUGACAUAUGGAUGUCGUGGUAACAGAUACAUAACAUUCAUGAUAACCAGCUACCAAGUGACAUUGAGAAUUGAAGACUUACAUUUUUCAAGGUAUGCAGUACAAACCGCAUUCUUAUCCAAAAUGCAUGAGGUGUAUGUCCCUCCCUCUCCAUAUCCCCUAACUGUAUAGUCUGUGUUAGAUGCGUCUUUCUACAGUUGCAUUGUGUAUUUUUCCAGGAAAACAUCACAGUGGUUGCUGUUACUAAUACUGUCCAGCAGGAAGAUCAAUCAAUCGGAGAGAAACUUUCAACCAAAACAAAUCAGAUCACUUCUUACUGUUUCUAACACAUUGAGGUCAUUGUUUGAUUCUGACCUCAGAGACAAUAUGAUUUAUCGGUUGGCUGGGCUUAAAAUCAAUCAAAAAGAGCAAAGACCGAAUGCAAUCUUAAGUCAUUUGAUAACGGUCUAACAAAACAUUAUUCAAGCAUGUAGAUGUACGUACUGAUAGAACCAUACACCCAUGCAUCUGUGCAAUGCUUCUUUAGCCAACAGAGUCAACCUAUUCUAAUAAUACCAUCAAGAAAAUAAGUGAAUGUCUUUGCAUUUGGGCCAAUAUGACAAAAGUUGUCUGUCAAUUGUCAAUGGCAAAAGGUAAAAUCCACUUGUGAAGAUAUGCAGACACAAAUGCAUUAGUGGUAAUGAAUAAGUCACUGAGUCACUCUUAUGUAACUUAGAAACAAAAUCAGACAAGUGACAGACUAUGACGAUAGGACAAAUCUAGACAAUAUAACAUACAGUAAUAUCACGACAUCACCAAUACAGACAAUACGCUGGCAAGGAAAUGUGGCAUCAAGACUUGAUUAUACCUUGAAUGCCCUGCCACAUACUUGCCCACUGGAAUGCCCAGUUCCCACUGCUAUUGGCACAGAGGGUGUGGUGCUCCUAAUACUGACAACAGGUCCGAUUACCUCUGCAUGGUAAAAGCCAGGACAGUUUGGGAAAAAUGGGAUAGUUCAGGAUCUGAUUAAGAUUAUGCUCCCAACUCUUUCCAUCUGAAUGUUAUUCCUAGUGACAUUAAAAUGUAAUGACUUAUGAUGAAUUAGAGGAAACAAAAACCCUUCCAAUUUUUUACUGUGGAUUCUGACUUGUAGAUGUUGUGAAAUGUGUCCCUAAUUUAAUGCACCAAUUGUAGUCACUUAGUUAAGUAGUUACUGUAGAAAACUGUUUUACAUUUCAUUAUUACACCCCACCCCAUACCCCUCCACCAUUUAACAUUCAAGAUUUCGCUUUGAAAUUGGCCGAUUUGCAUUCAAAUGUCACGCAUUGCUUCAGAUCAACCAUGAGACUGCAACGCAGUAACAGUAGCUGUUAAAUCCUACAUAAACAGCUGACACACCAAGACUGCUUUACAAAGGCAGCCCAUUUUUUUUUUUUUUUUUUCCCCACUAAUUGUCUUUGGAACAAUCAGAUCAGCUCUGAAAAAUAUCUGAUGUGAUUGGUUAAAGACCAAAUUGGUGGGGAAAAGAUCAGAAUUGGGCUGCAUGUCUAAAUGCAUGUCUAAACAUGACACACACACCUUCCACUUAUGACAUAUAAAAAUGAGGUCUUUAAAUGCUAAUUAUUGAAUCACUGCAAACAAUAAAUAUUAGAUAACUUCAGUUGAAAGUACAAUACCAUAUUUAUGUGUUUAUCUUUACAAUGAAGACCUAACCUAACUGACUUGAGACCUAACUUCUGUCUUGAGUAUAGUAAAAAAGUAAAUAUGCUGGUUGAGGAAAAUAAUUACAUUUAGAAAAAUGUAAAUAUUUUUAUACAGUUUUAUUUAAUCAGGCGAGUCAGUUAAGAACACAUUAUUAUUUACAAGUCAAGAUAAUUAUGUAAACUUAAAUCAGAAUUCUGAUUGUUUUGCGAUUGUUUCCAAAUGUGAAAUCACUGUGUAGGCUAUGCAUUGCCAUCUUGUGGCUCGAAGGCGCAAAUGGAAUAUAAUGAUCAUAAAAGCAUCUGCAGUAUAAAUCCACUUUGUUCAUAACAUUUCAUCACUAACAACAA